ACGAUUCGGGAUGUCUGGGGCCACACACAUGGCUGUGCCGGCGCAUGCCAUGGGGCCAGCGGCCAGCGGAAGUGCUGCCUCCGGCCAGAGCCAGCCGCUGGGCAAGCGCGGCCACAAGCGCUCCAUAUCGCUGGAGAACAAUGCGCCGCUGGCGCUGCGCAGUACGCCGAGCUUGGGCCAGAGCAUGGGCCAGACGGCGCUCGGAUCACCACAGCUGCAGCUGCCCGGGCACGCGGCACUGCAUACGGGCACACUGAAGUCGCGCCAGGAGCAGCGGCGUCUGAGCCAGAAGUUUGGCAGCCACAGUAAUCUGGAUGACGAUGCAUUGAGCGGAGCACAGAUGCGCAGCAAGUUCCAGAACAUACGGCAAAUGUUCGAGCUGAGCCGCAGCUGCGUGGCCAGCGCCGGCCAGCUGGGAGCUGAUGACAGCAAGUCGGCCGAGGAGGCGCUCCAGUCAUUGCCGGCAAUGCUCAAUGGCCCACAAACGACGUCAACGUUGCGCCGCACCACGCCCAUAGCUGCCGGAAGCCGCCUGGCCAUUAGCGAACAGCAGCCGCAGUUGCCGCAGCAGCCGGGCGAGGCCAAAGAACAGCAAAUCGGGUCCGGCAACUUUCUGCGUCCGAUCGCCUUCAAGCCCAUUCCCUUUGAGCCGGACUAUCGCAUUGCCUCCCAGCAACAGCAGCAGCAGGCGCAGCAGCAGCAGCAGAUGCAGCAGCAGUCGCAUUCGGCACAGCAGCCGGUGCCGGGCGAGCGUUACGGCUACGGUUCGACGCCCUCGCUGGUGCCGCUCUCCACGGCGGCCACACACAAAUUUGGCAGCACAACAGAUCUGCGUCAUUUGACGGCGCGCAGACGCGGCCACCGCGUCGUCCAGCGCAGCAGCAACGAGGAUGGCCUAGGCCUGGGCCUGGGACUGGGUCUGGGAUUGGGUCUGGGCCUGGAGUGUCUCAGCGGCCAUGAUAGGCCGGAUGGCGGCAACAGCAAGAGCAAUGCCGUGGCAGCUGGCAGCGAUCUGACGCCGUCGCCCUCGGACUCGGGCAUAUCGGAGCUGGAGGCGGCGCUCAAGGACCGCGACUCGGAGCUGUCGUAUCUGCGACAGGCAAUGGAACAGAAUGAGAAAGUAAUUUUCAAAGUCCAAAAGGACAAGGAAGUGUACUGGGAGCACGAGACGCAGCGCUUGAAGCUCUUCUACGAGAGCCAGCAGCGCGAGUAUCAUCUCAAGUUCAAGAAAAUGGAGCAGCUGCUGGCCCUGCAGCAGUUCCAGCUCAAGCAGCACAAUCUGCGCCAAUCCGAGCAGCUGCACAAGCUGCAGCAGCAGCUCGAUCUGACGCGCUGCAGCAACAAGAGCCUCAAGAACUCCGAGCAGCAGCUGCAGUGCUCCGCCCAGGAACUUAACCAGCAGCUGAACGAGGCUCAACAGACGAUGGCCGCUCUGCGUCUCCAGCUGGAGGACAGCGAGUGGAAGGUUUGCGAACGCAACGGCGAAAUAGCUUUACUCAAGACGCAGCUCAAGGAGGCGCAUCUUGAAAUCAACAUGAAGGAUCAUGCAAUUGUUAGCCUGAGACACAGCAACAACAUCAACCAAUUAAACAACAACAAUAACAACAAUAACAAUAACAACAACAACAACAACUACAACAACAACUGUAAGACAAUAACAUGCCAAAGUCAACCAAAGCAGCAGACGGAGGAAAACCAGCAACAGGAGCAACAGCUGCAGCAGCUAAACAAAAUCAUUGCGCUCAAGGAUCAGGUGAUCGGAGCGCUGACCAACGAGCUGGCCAAGCUGCGCAAGGAGCUAUCCGAUCUGGCCAUUGCGCACGAGUACGGCGAGGAGCCCUGCGGCCGUUAUACGCGCCUCAAGCAGCAGCUGGACAACUUGAACGAGAUCUGCCAGAAGACGCGCAAGUAUACGAGUCAGGCGGCGACAACAACAGCCAAGCCACAGACGACGGCACCACAGCAACUGGACGCCAUCAUGGAGCGACUGCAGCUGGAUCAGGGCCAGCCGGCGCAGCAAGCCCUGGACACGCUCAUCGAGGAGUCGACCACCUACGCCGAAGACAUAGCCAAGCUGCGUCAAAAGCUCGACGAUUUCCGCAUCAAUCUGGAGCUGGAGAAGCGUCAAUGGUGCGCCGAAAAGGACAAAGUCCUCGGCUAUCAAAAGCAGCUCCAGGCCCACUACAUACACAUGUACCAGAAGCUGCGCUGCCUGGACACAGCUGCCACCACGAACGCAGCUCCAGCUCCAGAUCCAGCUCCGGCGCCAGUUCCCACUGCAAAGGAGGUAAGCAACCAGGGCUGAACAGUUUUCGUAAUUGCCCAGUUCAUGGUGCUCUUAGACUCUGGAUGAGUGACUCCUGCUGUUUUGCCCGCUCCGAUUUUGGCCUGCGUUUUGAUAAUUCAUACACAUUUAUAUAAAUAUAUAUCUUGCCUGUACGAAGCAACAUUGUCUACGUUUAAUAAUCAAUUACUAUAUUUAUGCUAUGUCCAGUUACCCGAAAUGCUUGACUAUAGUUCGGUUGAAUUAACUCCGAUCUUUGCAUUUUUCUAACUUUUAUUGGAAUCCAAAAUUUGUUUAGAAAUGACCCCCAAACACCGACUAUAUAACAUAUACUCGAGAUAUUCCAAUCAGAACAUUUUUGAAUACAAUAAAUGACUUAUUAUGGGAACCAAUAUUUCUUGAUAUCACGAAUACUGUGAAGCAUGUUGAACACAUCAAUUUUAUGCCGGGCAUCGCCGAGUUAUUUCUUCCAAAAUACAAAAUAUUUUUCACAUCAAAUAAUUGUAAAGCAAUUGCAAUUUGCCUAGCGUAAAUAUAGUAAAUGCCCCAUAUCGGAUAUAUGAUUUUGAACAUUAAAUACA